ACAAUCAUAAACAAACACGUGCUGCAGUAGAGGGGUCGGAGAGUGGAUGUCGUCGUGUGCUUGGCCAGCCUGCAGAUAUUAUUUGAUGGUUUCGUGUUUUUUGCACAAGUUUACGAAGCGACGGUGGUUUAUUUGUUAAGAAUGGAGCUUACGUGGAUCUCUCUUCAGUUGCUGAUUAUAUCAUCGCAUGUUUGGGGGCAAGAAAAUGAUGAUGGUGCUAAUGUUAAGAAGGAAAGCAGUGGAGAAAGUGACAUAGAGCUCAAACGGUUUCAGAAGCUUUUCCACCAAAAGAGACUUCAGCAGCAGGAAGCGACGCAGAGCAUUUUGGCCAGCUAUGACUACCAACAGCAGUUUAAAUUGAUUGAUAUGCUGUUUGAUAAAAUGCAACAGAUUUUAUCUGAGUCCCGAAACAAGCUGUCAGAGUCCGGUUUCAGCCCAGGAAUGUCCUUCCCAACAGAUGAGACAUCCAAAGAAGGUCUGUCACUACUUCUUGAAAACCUUGCCUUCUUUGGAGACAUAACUCUACGACUUCCCGACAUCACACACAGUCUGUACAGCAAGAAGAAACAGCUACGAGAAGUCCUCCGCUGGGCUGUGACUUAUACUGAGGAGACGGGAUUCUUUGACGACAUCCACAAGAAACUCAUGAAUUUAAUGUCUCAGGAAUUAAGGCUGAUCAAGAGAGAUUCUGAUUAUAUAAAUCCAUUCAAGAAAGAAGAGGUUCCACCUGAACUACCAACACCAAAGAAAAAGAAAGAAAAGAAACCAAGGAAGAAGGGCCCAAGAAUAUCUCGAACUGAACUCUAAUUAGGAACAAACUGAAGCCACAAGCCUUCAGAAAAAAAGGUGCAUUUAGGUGGUUCUUUUUUUUUUUUAGUUUCAGCUAAAAGACCUACUGAAAUCUGCUGCAAAACCCAAGGUCACAUAAUUUAAAUUUUGUAAACUCUUUUAACAUUAAUGAUGGCUCUGUACCUUCUUUUGUCUGUAGUGAGGGCGCUGUUUAUAAGUUUAUAACAGCUGUAUAUUGAGAGAGUUGUAGCAUUUGGACCAAAAAAGGCGUACAGCAACUAUGUGACCGGAGAAAUCCUGAUAAUUCAUGUCGCAACUCUCUUUACACACAGCUCGAGUUUAUAACCUCACAUGGGUUCACCACACUAGAUAAGCAUACCAUAGAAAUAUAGGUAUUUAAAAAUAUACCCAACAACUUGUUUAAAACUCUUCAAGCUACUUGAAAACGAAUCAAACUUGUUUUCAUACAGCUAAAGUUUGCUUUUCUUUUCAAAAUUUAGUAGGUUCGCUGUAGAAUGGCUCACCCAGAAUGAAAACACUCUUAAAAAGCAAACUGUCGAAACUCCAUUAUGAAAAAAACAACCUGACUUUUUUUUAAGCCCAAAUUGUUCCAGAUUGAAAGUCAACAAUGCCAGGACACAAUAUUGUAACAUCCUAGACCUUCAAAUAUUAUUUUAAUAACCCAAAAAAUUGUGGGAUUACAACUUUGCAUUUAGUUCAUGAGCGUGACACUUUUCUCUCUAUUUAGUGUGAUGCACACAUACUUAAGGUGUCUAGAAUGUACCUCAAGGAUGUAAUGUCCUUUUUUUAUACAUUAAAACAAAAAAUGGUGCAUAUUUUACAAAACCUUAUGUGGUUUUUAGAAAAGCAAAUAGGAAAUAGUGUGUAUAGACACAGAUCACUGAAAUCUGAACUGUUGCGAUUGCUCAACAUUUUUUGCAGUGUGGUUUUUACUUUUGUGAAGGAACAAACAACGGAGCUUUCUUCAUUACAGUACAAAGAAGACGAAGAAGACUACAUCCAGCUCAUGGGUAGCUGGUCUGGUAACGGAACCAAUCGCUAACUUUCAGCUGUGUGACACAUAAAAUAAUUAGCUGUUUAACUCAUUAUUCACUUUUGAAAAAUUGGACCGAAAUUGUUUAAUAGUUAAACAAACAAAAAAACGAGGAUUAAAAAGAGCAUCUAUUCCUCAACAAAUUAAACAAAAUAUAUUAAAUUUGUACGAAGAAUAUUUUACUUUGGAAAACAAUUUGUAAAACUGUUUCACUGAGGUACGUGAUAUCUUUCCUGCACGAGUACAAAAUAUGCCUGUGAUAUUUUUUCACAGGACUCGGGGGAAAGUACCGAGUAUACAGUGCUUACAUACAUCGGUGUAUGGUUAAAAACCAAAAUUAAUAUUAAAACUUUCGUUAAUCCACAUUUGCAGCUGCCACUUGAGAUUGACAGGAUAGAAAUAGGACACAUGUAUAGUCUUUUUUAUUGUGAUCUGAAAGCGCCAUUUUCGUGUUAUCAAUCCUACAGACCAAACCUGCAUGAGCCAUAAUAUACAUGUUAUCACAAGAAGGCAUUAUCACUCAAGCAAGGGAAUAAAAGGGUAGCAAUGAGUUCUUUAACGGACGUUUAAAGCCGGCAGGGUCGGCAACGACUCUGCGGAUGUUAUAGAACGAGUCACUACUCUUUUAUUCCCAUUCAUAAAUGCCCUUUUUUUUUAACUUACAAAAACACAAAUAUAGAC